CGCCUGAGGGAAGCGAGAAGAGGCCGCGACCGAGAAAAAAACGCCGAGUCGCCACCGGAGAAGAGUCGAUUGCCCAGCAGCUGCCCCCGGAGAGGCCCGCCCACCCGUGCGCCCGUCCCCCUGCCCCGUUCACGAUGCAGCCUGCUUCUGCAAAGUGGUACGAUCGAAGGGACUAUGUCUUCAUUGAAUUUUGUGUCGAAGACAGUAAAGAUGUUAAUGUAAAUUUUGAAAAAUCCAAACUUACGUUCAGUUGUCUUGGAGGAAGUGAUAAUUUUAAACAUUUAAAUGAAAUUGAUCUUUUUCACUGUAUUGAUCCAAAUGAUUCCAAGCAUAAAAGAACGGACAGAUCAAUUUUAUGUUGUUUACGAAAAGGCGAAUCUGGCCAGUCAUGGCCAAGGUUAACAAAAGAAAGGGCAAAGCUUAAUUGGCUUAGUGUGGACUUCAAUAAUUGGAAAGACUGGGAAGAUGAUUCAGAUGAAGACAUGUCUAAUUUUGAUCGUUUCUCUGAGGAUUCACAAGACAGUGACGAUGAAAAAAUGCCAGACCUGGAGUAAAGAAUGUUGUCAUCACCGGAUUUUGAGAAAGAAAAGUAACUUCUCUGCAAGAUUUCAUAAUUGAGAGAAUUCCUGAGUUGAUAGCUCUAAAGGCAGAUGCUGUAUUUGCCUCCUUUAACCCAUUUUUCAACCUGUUUGUUUUUUUAAAGGCUUCACUAAGGGUUGAUAUGUACCAUUGUAUGGGGCAAUUUUAAGUCAGCUAAGGCAAUAACCUUAUGCAUGAACUUUUCCCAGACUUCCAUGAUGCUGUUGAGGUCCUAGGCAAUUGAUACAACAGUUGUGAUAAAUAAAAACAUUUCACCUCAGUCUCCUUUACUUCAUAACAUAGAUACUGACGUUGAUAGGAAGCUCUUGGCUUAGAAGAAAGAUAACUAAAUUUUAGAUUUUAGAAAAUGGACUCAAAGUGGCUGAUGAAACAAAUUGGUUGAUACCUUAAACUUGGUAACUUGUUGUUCCUCUGGUAUAUCCUCCAGGAUUAUUCCACUAAAGCUUUUAUUUUUCAAAAAAUUUACUUCACAUUAUUGUAAGUGAUCACUUGUCAGUGUUCCAGAUGUAUCUUAGCUAAAACUAGUGAAUGCCCUAACUUAGAUGGUUUUGAAGCCUGUACAUUUGGUAUUGUUUGACCCUUAAACUUUUACAUCUCUUAGCAUGGAGGACAAAGAAUGGCUGUACAUUGUUGCUUGAGAGUCUGUACAUUUAGACCAAAUUGUAUUUGCACUGUCAGUAUGGCAAAUGAGUGGAAAAAAAUGUUAAUACACUAUUGGAUUUUUUAUUUCUUUUUUUGAUUCAGCUCGUCCCAGGCUGAAAACCUCAAUUUAUGUUCAUGACAGUGGGGAUUUUUUUUUUUUUAAUGUCUACAUUCUUUCUAAUAAACUGUUGGAAGACUUUUUUGGCUGUCCUUUUAAGCGUCUGGUUUACUGUAAUUUCAUGUAUUACCAUUUACUGGAAUGGAGUUUUUAUUUUUACUUGAGGAAGAAUUUGGGAAUAUUCCUGUUUGGGAAAAAAAGGCUUGCUGUAAUGUCAGGAAACCUUUUAAAAGUGGAUCUGUAAUAGCAAAUUGUAGAUGCACUUUGCAGCAGUUGGAAAAGAAAGUGUUGUGAUUUGAUUGAAAUAAAACUAAAUGUGUUGUCCUCCUGUAAAU